CGGCCCAUUAAAGUUUUUUUUUGUAACAUUACGCUCUUUUACACUUUCUACAGUCUUAUCGGAGCCGAGAAUGGAUCACCGGAAGAACGAUCACCGGCUCCAUCUCCUCUGGUUCUUCGCCGUAUCAACCACCAUCAAACUCCUCCUAAUCCCAUCCUACAGAAGCACAGACUUCGAGGUCCACCGUAACUGGCUCGCCAUCACACACUCCCUCCCUCUCACCAAAUGGUACUUCGACGAGACCAGCCAAUGGACGCUCGAUUACCCUCCUUUCUUCGCUCACUUCGAACGCUUCCUCUCCUUCUUCGCCUCUCUCGUCGACCCCAAGAUCGUAAAUCUCCACUCAGGUCUCAAUUACGCCGCAGACUCCGUAAUCUACUUCCAACGAAUCACCGUUAUCCUCUCGGAUCUCUCCCUCCUCUUCGGUGUGUACAGAUUGACUCGAAAGGUUGAGCCUUUGAAGCGGAAUCUGAUCUGUGCUUUGGUGGUUUGGUCUCCGGGGUUGUUGGUUGUGGAUCAUGUUCAUUUUCAGUAUAAUGGGUUUUUGCUUGGGUUGUUGUUGUUGUCGGUUUCGUUUUUGGGAGAUGGGAGGGAUUUGGUUGGUGGGUUUUUGUUUGCUGUUGUGUUGUGUUUUAAGCAUUUGUUUGCGGUUGCUGCUCCGGUUUACUUUGUUUAUUUGCUUAGGCAUUAUUGUUGGGUUGGUUUAGUUACCGGUUUGAGACGGCUUGUGACUCUUGGUGUUGUGGUUGUGGCGGUUUUCGUUGCGGCGUUUGGUCCGUUUGUGUACUAUGGACAGAUACAGCAAGUGAUAAGUAGAAUGUUUCCAUUUGGGAGAGGAUUGUGUCAUGCGUAUUGGGCACCUAACUUUUGGGUUUUCUAUAUAAUACUCGACAAAGGUCUUGCCUUUACGCUACGGAAGCUCGGGUUCGAUGUUCAGGUUCCUUCGGCUUCUUUCACUGGUGGUUUAGUUGGGGACUCUUCACCGUUUGCUGUUCUCCCUCAGAUCACGCCAUUGACAACAUUUGUAAUGGUACUACUCGCUAUUACCCCAUGUCUUAUCAAAGCUUGGAGGAAACCGCAGCCUGGGCUUGUUGCUAGAUGGAUAGCUUAUGCUUACACAUGUGGUUUUCUGUUUGGAUGGCAUGUCCAUGAGAAAGCGUCGCUUCACUUCACUAUCCCACUUGCAAUCGUUGCAGUGCAGAGUUUAGAAGAUGCUAAACACUACUUUUUGGUUUCCAUAGUUUCUUGCUACUCGCUCUUUCCACUCUUAUAUGAGCCGCAAGAAUACCCAAUCAAGGUUCUGCUGCUGUUACUUCACGCCAUGGUAAUGUGGCUAGGCUUCUCGGCUCAAUACUUAGACGAGAAGGGGUUAAAGAAUAAGGAGAAAGCUGGUGAAAUCAAGAGCAAGUUUGAGAUUGGAUGUAUUGAGAAAGCCUAUCUGAUGGGUUUGGUUUUAGUAGAGAUAGUAUCUCAGUUCUUGCAUCCUUAUUUUCUAGGUGAUAGAUUUACUUUCAUGCCUUUGAUGUUAAUCUCAACCUACUGUGCCGUUGGUAUCAUGUACUCUUGGAUUUGGCAGCUUCGUAAGAUCCUGGCAUGACAUAGAUUUUUGUUACUUGAGGCGUUUGAUUUUAAUACUAUGUUGAAUCAUGUAAUCUACACAUGUAGUUUUAUUUAUUGUUCUCACAUGACUUGUGAUUUUGUCUUGUUUCUAUCUAGUGAUUUAUUUAGAAGUCGC